UCGCCACUUGGGGAAGGAAGAAUCGCUCGUUGUUGUGCGCCGUCCGUGCGUCCGUCCGUCGGUCCGUCCCUCCCCCACCCCCGCUCGCUGCCGCACUGGUUCCGUCUGGCUCGCACUCAGCUGCUGCGUGUCCCGGGAUGACCUGUUGAUGUCGGUAGAAUGGAGACUGGCAGGGGGAGCGAUUUCCCCCAUCACCAAAAUAUUUAAAUAAGCCACGUUUGGGUGCAUGAGAAGCGACGUCGCAGCCGAGUCACCUCGCCCGCGUUGACAAGCCUUUGUUGGUGUGCAUUGGCGCACCAUGGCCCAGACCCUCCAGAUGGCGAUCCCAAACUUUGGCAACAACGUUUUAGAGUGUUUGAACGAGCAGCGUCUGCAGGGCCUCUACUGUGAUGUCUCUGUGGUGGUAAAGGGGCACGCCUUCAAGGCUCACCGUGCUGUCUUGGCUGCGAGCAGUUCUUACUUCCGGGACCUUUUCAGCAACGGCGGCGCUAGCGGCAACGAGGCCAGCCCGACGGUGGUGGAGCUUCCACCGGCCGUGCAGCCCCAGAGCUUCCAACAGAUUUUGGCCUUCUGCUACACGGGCCGUCUGAGCAUGACGGUGGGCGACCAGUUCCUCCUCAUGUACACUGCUGGCUUCCUGCAGAUCCAACAGAUCAUGGAAAAAGGCACCGAAUUCUUCCUCAAGGUCUCCUCCCCCAGUUGCGACUCCCAGGGACUUACUGCCGAGGAGGCUCCGCCAUCUGAGCCUCAGAGCCCCGUCACGCAGACGGCUAGCGGUGCAGCCCGGCCCGCCGCCUGCUUAACGCCUCUCCCGUUAGUGUCGCGGGUGAAGACGGAGCAGCCUGCCAGCCAACCGGAAGCCGCCGCCGCCGCCGCCGCUCAUUCCGUGCUCUGCACUCCCGUGGCCAAGCGCUUGUGGGAGGGUGGCAGCAGCCGUGACGGCGGCGGAGGCGGCUCCGGGGCAGGAGGGGGCGCCAGAAAGGCGGCGCGUUACUCCCAGGAGGCGGUGCGAGGCAGCACCAUCCAGAGCCCCGGAGCGCUCGGGCUGGCCAUGGGGAUGGGCGCCACCGGCGCGGGCACCAACGGCACCUCGGCGGGCGUGUCCGAGGGCGCCAGCCCGGGCACCCUGAGCACCUACGCUAGCGACUCACCCAUCAGCUACCACGACGAUGAAGAGGAGGAAGAAGGCGCGGAGGACUGCGCCGAAGAGCAGUACAGGCAAAUCUGCAACAUGUACACCAUGUACAGCAUGCUCAACAUGGGAGCUGCAGGUAAAUCCGCAGGCGAGCGGGUGGAGGCGCUCCCCGACCACACGGAGACGCGGGGGCGUAUGCGCGGCCGAGACCUCACCUGUCUCCCGGCGGAGCUGAUCGCUCAGAUCGGCAACCGCUGUCAUCCCAAACUGUACGAAGAGGGAGAUCCCGCUGAGAAACUCGAGCUGGUCUCAGGUACCUCUGUCUUUAUUUCCCGGGCCCAGCUGAUGAACUGUCACGUGAGCGCAGGGACCAGACACAAAGUGCUGCUGAGGAGGCUGCUGGCCGCCUUCUUUGACAGGAAUACGCUGGCCAACAGCUGCGGGACGGGCAUUCGCUCUUCCACCAACGACCCCAGCCGCAAGCCCCUGGACAACCGAGUGCUGCACGCAGUUAAAUUUUACUGCCAGAACUUUGCCACCAGCUUCAAAGAGAGCGAGAUGAACGCCAUCGCCGCCGACAUGUGCACCAACGCCCGGCGAGUGGUGCGCAAGAGCUGGAUCCCCAAGCUCAAGCUGCUCAUCGCCGAGAGCGACGCCUACUCCGCCUUCCUCUCGGACGGCGUCAAAGCCGAGGACGACACCCUGGGCGCCGAGCCGGCCUUCGACCCCGCCUCCCUGGAAGCCUCGGCCGGGGCCGAGUCGGGCGGCUCUUCAGGUGAAUCGCUCCCGGGCGUGAGCGGGGACGUCGGCGCGUUAUUUUAAGCGUGCGCGGCCAGCCACUUGCGCUCACCUCCUCACUCUCACGCGUGACUGUCGAUACGCCCCCCCCCCCUCCCCCUCCCCCGCUACGGCUGUAACCGGGCCAUAGAAACGACUUUUGCUUUUCUUUUCUGCCUCUAUAACGGCGCUUGUGGAGAGGAGGGAGAGCGUCCGAGGGCGCCUCUCCUUCUCCUUUUAAGGUGUGUAAGCACAUCGAUUGUUGCAUACGAAAUACAUUCCCACUGGUGCUGGUGGUACGAGUUGACGAGAGAACCCGAGGUUGCGCGGCAAGCCGGUCGCUUAGCUACGGAAAGGCCCUCGGAGCAUCGAUUCCGUGCACUUCAUAUCCAGCUGGAAGUCCGCGCACUACUUUUGGCCGAUCGGUUUGCAAUUACACUUAGUACUGCACUAGUAACACGACUAGACUCAACUAGUAUUAGCUAUUGAAUAAAUGCUCAAACAGCUUGAUUUCCAUCUUAACGUCCAGGCAUUAAAUCUGUUUUGGUCACAUCACUACUCGUUUUUGCGAAGACUGCUGCCACUUUUGGCUUCCCAAUCAAACCUUAAGAUGGAAAUCAUGUCGGAGCUUUAAAGCUGUAUUGAAUUGAACCUCUGUGCUACUCGACAAGUACUAGUUGGGCUGUCUUACUAGUAACGCUUUAUCAACUAGUACAAGGACCUUAAAGUGGAUAUCAAGGCUAUCGAAUGCUCAAAAGUCUUUCCAUAGUUAGUGUGUAUUGAAUGUAAGCGUUGAUGGCAUUUUUUCCCCCCCCCCAGUGUGAAUGUCGACUUGUAUUCCAAAUUGCCAGUCAAUGUUAAAAAAAAAAAAGAACACUACUUUGUCCUCCUCCAACGUCAUCUUCCACUCCCCACAAAUGAUUUUGACCAAAUCUAUCUUUGUUGCGAUUCGCCGUGCACUGUUACAUAAAUCCACCCCAGCGUUUGUUUUUCGAUAUUUUUAGCAAGCUUGAUCAGAGAGCCGGCGAGCAGACGAUUCGAAUGAAAAUGUUACGGUCAUAUUUUUAGAAGACAAGUUCUAUUUGUACGCGUGCCAACGCCCGCUGUGACGCACGCGCGAGCGAGCGAGGACGGGGAUUGUUUUAAAUUCCCGCCGUUUUGUCCGAGAAGAAGCAGCGGAGAGUAGAAUACGGACGGCAUCACGGCGCCCUUCAUGAUUUGUGCUCACUUUUGUUUUUUGGGUGCAGAAGGAUGGAAUGGGCAGUGGAACUGCUACUUUUUGACGCAUUUCAUCUUCUGUUCACGAGCUAAAAAGCAGAAAGACGCCAUUGGAUGGCUUGACUGUUUUUCGACAAUGAUGUGCAGGGAAGUUAAGGCCCCCCAAAACGACUACUGUACUUUGUAUUCUAAUCAUGUUACGGGUGAAGGGGGGGUGGUGGGGGUGAUAUUUAUGGAAUGUGCCUUUUCAACGGAGAUCAAUAAGCAGAAUUUUGCUAGGUACAAAGAAGUCGGAAGCAAUAUUGCUCCAGUCGGGUGUGUGUGUUUGGGGAAUCGGUGUGUUUGUGCGAUUUUUAUUUGGUUGAUACGAGGCAGGGUGGAGCUUUUGCGCACCUUAAGGAGAAGAAGCGGCAGUUUGUGCACCUUAUUGACAAGUCGCAAUUGGAGCCGAAUUUGGUCCUUUCCUCCCUCCAAAUCUGCACCGUUUUUAGCGGCAAGGUCGAAUUCAAUGUUUGCGACUUUUGUUAGCGAGACUGCGUCUUCAGGAAAGGCGCUGACUUCUUUUUUUUCCAUUCCUGGCCAGUUCAACCUCACUUGGAUAUGCAUCACCCUGUUCAUUCUUUCUGAAACCACAGGAAUGCAUGUUAUGAGAUUUACAAAAAAAACUAAACAGAGAUGCAGUACUUGGUAUUAAGCAGUAAAUAACUACAAAACCUCACAUAAGCACUCCACUUACCUCUGUAGUAUCCUUUUGAAGACUGUUGUGCUUCCAGGCUUGGACUCAACUUUCAAUUGCUCGCUAGCUUGCUACAUUUUCGUUGACAUUUAUUUGUUGUCUGCUUUUGAAAUGACCUCCGAAUUUGGCUUGAGCAGAAAAGCAAGAAUCUAGUUGACUGUAUGGAAUUGAUAGUGAAUUGCUGGAGUCAAGACAAGUCCCCCAGUCACCUUUGUUCUGCUACAAAUCUCCCACUAUUCUUAAUAAUAUUCAACUCCCUCAGAAUAAUUGGAAAAUAAUUAAUGCAAGGCAAUUAUCUGGCCUGAGGAGUCUGAGCAUAUUUAGAGGGGGGGGCAGUACCCCCACCGGCCCCCCACUAGCUCCGCCAACAUCCUCAAGUGAUCCUUGGUUGUCCAAUUAUUCAACAAUCAAUUCCUUCCAAUCAGCAGAACUCUUUCCAAUGACUUGUUAUUCUAUUGAUCCCCUUUUAAAAGUUGUCACUCUACCUUCACUGUGGAUUGUAAAUGUCUAAUCCCAAAAUGCCCUUCAGUUUUGCACUGAAAUUUUCUUCCUUUUAAAUUGCUUCAACCAAGAAUAUUUCCAAGUGUGACUUGGUCCCAAAUCAGCAUGGCACAGACGGACGGAUCCAUUUGAAACGGAUGACUCAUUGGCUCUCACACUGCAGUAGUAGCUGUGAAUCAGCACUAUUUUCCUUCGCCUGUUGUCUUUUACGUCAGCACAGUGCAAGAUAUUCCACUGUGGCCUCGCCCGCUCCAAACUUUUCGGUGACAUCAUCAUUAGUGCGCAUCGAGUAGAAGCUUUGCGAAGGUGUUUUUCUUUUUCGUUCUCAAACUGCGUUUACACUUCUCACGCGUAGACCUACACACUUGAAGUGUGGCAUGGCAUGGACAUCCUUGUGUCACACAACGGUACAUAUAUAAAUAUGAUACAGGUAUAGAGGAAUACUGUAUAUAAAUGCAUAGACACACGUAGAGGUAAGAUUGUUUGUUGUCCACUCAGAGCAUGAGCUAUAUCCAGUAUUUACCCAAACCCCCAAAUGGCGCUGCUCGUUGACAACCAACCCGCGCAGUACAGUACUGGCUUGGGCCCCCCCCCAACCCGACCCAACCUGACCCCGACCCCCGUGUUAAACCCCGCAGCGCCUAUCCACCUCUUCUUUCUGUGUUCCAAGUGCCAAUAACUUUGUGAAAGCCCCGUAACUGUGACCCAACAUUAUCGACGGUAAUUGCACAUUAACAAACUGUAAAAUAAAGAGAACGUGUCCAAAUGGAGUCAAUGAUGAAUAUCUUAAUAAAAGAUUUGUAACAA